AGGCUCUCGGGAUGUGGACAUCUGAGACUAGGGUAAAUUAUUUGCCAAGCCGCCAUCUUGGGACUUCUGUGUUUUCCCGCGAAAGUGGCAACAGAAAUCGUCCAAUUUUGCAACAAAUUACCUCAGUUGAAGCCUAGUUCGGUAGGGUUUAUUAGUUUACAGUAGCUUUAGUUGGGCUUUAGAAGAAUGGCUAGGUACAACAACAACAGUCGCGGCGGAUCAAGCCGGAAUCAUUUUGAGGAGGAGGAAAAUUUCGAGGCCGUGAAAGACGACUACUACUAUGGAACCGAUCGGGAUGAAAGAAGGAGGGACAGAAGAGAGGGCCGCUAUGGUGACUUUACGAACCGCGAGCGCGGACCAGAGUGGGACCGGGAGCGAUACCGGGACCAGGGAGGAGACUACGACUACCGGCGAGCGCCCAACAGGGAGAACAGGGACUGGGACAGGGAGCGGGACUACAACAGAGAACGAGACAGGGACAGGGAGAGAAAUGACAGAUAUGAGGACCGCCAGCGUUACGACCAAAGAAACUUUGAUAGAGAAUAUGACCAGCGAGAUCGUGACUCCCGAGGUCCCCCAACGUCAGCCAGUGAGAAGCCCAGCAAGAUCAUCAUGCUGAGGGGACUGCCACAGACAGUGGAUGAAGAUGAGUUGGAAAGUCCAGUGGAGGAACCCAUCAUGGAUCCAAAGAUACGUUUAGAGCUGCAAGCUUUCGGUGCACCCCUGAAGGAAGUGAGGCUCAUGAAAAGGAAAGAAACAGGUGCCUCCCGCGGCUUUGCCUUUGUGGAGUUUGAAAACUUGCAGGACGCAACUCGCUGGAUGGAACAGAAUCAGCACCAGCUGAUGCUGCGUGGCCAACGUGUGAACAUGCACUACAGCACGCCCAAGCCUCAGAAGGAGGAAGACUGGCAGUGCAGUAAGUGUGGGGUGCACAACUUCAAGCGUCGAGACCACUGUUUCAAAUGUGGCAUAUCCAGAGAAGAGUCAUCUAAGACGCUGAAGGAGGGAGAAGGAUAUAAUGAAGUGGGAUCACAGCCGUCCAAUACUCUCAUCUUCCGUGGUUUGGACACCCUGACGACGGAGGAGACUCUCCGCUCGACGCUGGGCGCGCUGUCCACGGUUCACAUCCACAGCAUCCGACUCAUCAAGGACAAGCUGACGCACACUUCCCGCGGGUUCUGCUUCGUGGAGAUGAACACGGUGGAGGAGGCUGCACAGAUGAUGGACGUGUUGAUGGCAGUCCGACCGGCCUUCGCUAUCGAUGGGAAACAAGUGAAUGUUGCCUUUGCCAAACAGGGAAAAGCAGGAAGUAGUGCUCCGAGUGGUGUAGCCGCCGCUGCAAUAGAAGCUGCCCAGUGGUCACAGGCACAAGCACAGGGGACGGACCAAUCGUGGGACCAGACACAACAACAGCAGACGUUCGCUGCCGCCCAGGACGGACAGUUCAGCCAGGACCAGACUACGGACUAUGCCGCGUACUUCCAGAGCGGAGACUACGCUGCGUACUACCAGCAGCAGGGCAUCGACCUGGCCCAGUACCAGCAGCUGGCAGCAGCUGCAGCUGCAGCUCAGGCCGCGGCCGCAGCUGCAGGAGGCACAGGUGCCGCCCAGACUGCCCUGGAACAGGUGCAGGCGGCACAGCAGUUCCAGAAGCAGCAGCAGAUCAUCCAGCAGCAGAUCGUCACCCAGAUGCAGCAGCAGCAGAAACUCAGCGAGCUCACCACGGAGGAGAGACUGGCAUUGCAGGUGGGUGAAAUGACAGCACAAGAGCUCGGGCGACAGCUGUGGGCACCUGGAAUCUUACAGGCGCAGCAGUGGUCUCAACAGGUGGCCCAGUACCAGCAGGUCAUUGACCCUGCUGCCGUGGCAACGCAGGUUGUGGCCGCCACCACCGCUGCUGCCGUGGCAACCACCAUCCCUGUUUCCACGGCAACCGUCGCAGCUGCAACGACCCAGGCUGCCGUCUCGGCGGCUGCCACUCCCACCACUCCAGCCCUGACCAUCCCCUUUGUUUCAUUGGACCAACCAAACUACCAAGUAUAUCCCACUCCUGAUCUGUCCACCUUCCAGUAUGACGAGACGUCAGGCUACUACUACGACCCUCAGACAGGACUCUACUAUGACGCUAGCACACAGUACUUCUACAACUCUCAGACCCAGCAGUAUCUGUACUGGGACCAGGAGAAACUAUCGUACCUACCCGCACCUACUGAUGCAGCAGAGCAACAGGGUGGAGAUGGCAAGGACAACAGAGAAGAGAAGAAGAAAAAGAAGGAAAAAUCAGCUCAAAAGAUUGCUAAAGACAUGGAGAGGUGGGCCAAGAGUCUGAACUCGAUGAAGGAGACUAAGAAGUUUGUACCCAUCGGCAUCGGUAUGAAACCUUCACCAAAGUCUGCGGAGGAGAAAGUGUCAGCAACUGCUGAUGCUGGUUUUGCCAUUCUAGAAAAGAAGGCUUCCCUGGCAGAGAGACAGCAGUCAGUGUUGGAGGCUAUGCAAAGAAAAAAGGAAGAAGAUGUGAAGCCCAGCCCCGUGGCCCAGAACUCCCUGGUGGAUGCCUACGGAGGUGGCAGUGAUAGUGAAGAGGAGGAAGAUGACCCCCAGAAGAGACAGACAUCUCUGGCACCAGACGAGGAACAGCUGCUGGACUGGAAGAGGAUGGCCUGUCUGCUCUGUAAGAGACAGUUCCCCAGCAAGGAGGCUCUGUCCAGACAUCAGCAGCUGUCAGACCUACACAAGACUAAUCUGGACAUGAGAAGAAGAUCAGUGAUGACUGCUGAGGAACUGGAGGCGCUAGAGAAAAGAGAACGAGAUAUGAAGUACAGAGACAGAGCAGCAGAGAGAAGACAAAAAUUUGGCAUUCCAGAACCACCACCUCCCAAAAGGAAAAGGGAGGACUAUAUGGGCAAAGUGCAAAGUAAAUACGAGGAGCCCACCAAACAUGGGAUCGGCAGUGAGAACAUCGGGAACAAGAUGCUGAAGGCCAUGGGGUGGGCAGAAGGCACGGGGCUGGGCAAAAAGAAACAGGGAAUAACAGCACCUAUCACGGCGGAGAAACGUACCAUGGGUGCAGGCCUGGGCAUGAAGGGGAGCUCCUACGGCACCGAGGCCGGCGACACUUACAAGGAGUCCGUCAAGAAGAUCAUGAGACAAAGAUACUACGAGACAUCAUAGCAGGACUGGCAUUGUUCCCAUCAUAGGCCUUUCUGUAUUGUAUGUAGUAAAUUUAAAUGUUGAAAAGUCUUCAGAAAUCAUUCCUAUGUGUAAAACAAAGUUCAUAAACAGGGCAGAAUAUGUGUUGGUUAGGCCUGUUGAUUUUUCCUGGCCUUCACAACUUAUAGGCAAAAUCUUCGGUAGAUCCACAUCAUGUGUUUUACAACAUUAGCCCUACCAUCCCACAUCAUCACAUGGAAUAGACUCUGAUGCUUGUAAUUAUCCAAUCAUUUUGUAAGCUUAACUCUUGUUCGAUCAUAGGUUGUACAUAUUAAGAGUUUAUUUCUACUAAAGGACUAAUUUUUCAUGACAACUCUACAGCACUUUUAUGUUUACAGCCUCUUAAGAUAGCUGAAUCAUGUCAGAUACAACACACAUAACUAAUGGUGCUUUGGUGAUUAGUUUGCUGGAGUUGUUUAGCUGGUAGUUAUACUAUUAUUAGGAAAAAAUUGUGUAGCUUACUACCAAAUGCAGUCCCUAGUUUCUACUCUUGUGUAGCACUAAGAUGUUCCACUAAAAUUGUUAGAUGGUAAACACAUUUGUGUAGCCUAUUACUAGUAUUAGGUUGAGAAGAAAAAUACAGUACCCACUUCAGGGUAAUGAUGAAUGCAUUGUGCCAUACACUUUCAUCAGGGCAAAGAUUCUGUAUACAACUAUCAUCCAGUGGUAUAACUGUACUUUCAAGGAAGAUAGAAGAUAAGUAUUUCCUUAUAGUUGGUAAUACAGUAUGGGUACACUACAGGCAUGUCCCAGCCUUGUAAAUACAUGUACAUCCCUUCAUCAGUUUUCAUCAGUUUCAUCAGUUGUUACAAGGGACUCAAUCACUGCCAACAUGUUGCACCUUUUGGUUUGUAUUAAAAGGAAAACAGUGCUGAA